CAACAAUGUCAGGCGUCGAAUUCGGUCUGGCUGUUCUAGCUGCGGUUGAUAUUAGUAUUCGAUACGGAAAGUCUCUAAUCGAAAUUUGCACUGCUUUCAAGAAUGCCGAAAUCGAUAUUGCAGAGAAAUGUCUGCAGGUCAGAUACCAUUGCACCCGGAUCGUCACUCAACUCCAGGUUCUGAAGAAAGUUUCGAGCCUCGUCAGCAAGGAUCAACUGAGAAUACAUGAAGAUAUGCUUCUUGUGCUGAAGAGCAAGUUGCAAUUAGUUCAAAGCUUGUUGGAUAGUUGCGUGAAAGUUGGACCAAAUGGCAAGCAAGAAGUAAAGAAAAAGAAAUUUGUACUAUUCAAGAGAGACACUUUGCAAAAAGCAGUCGACGAGCUGGAAGCCUGGGAGAGCAAAUUUGAUCCGCUAUGGUUUUUGAUGAUGAAAACAAACGUCCCCGAAAUCGACGACGCUCUGAAAGAUCCUACCUCAAUAGAGGGCGGGAAUAAGCGCCCGGUCAGCCUCGCUCAAGAUCUUCGUAGAGCUCUAAACAGCAACUCCGAUAAGACCUCCGGCAUUUUCAAACCUCAGAGCGGUCUCGACUCCGCUGAAAUCGAAGAUAUUCAGAAUUCGUCCGCUAAAAUCGCUCAACGCCCCGGAUCCCACAACCGCCUCGUUCUUGAUCGGGUCAUUCCUUAUGCGGGAUGUGAUACAGUCAUCAUGAAAAAGGACAUUCGUGACUUUGCACGAAAGUUGUUCCACGCGGAUCCAUUGGCGUUUGGCCUGUUGAGUUGUUAUGGAGUGGUUCAGAACAGGGAUGUUCCAGGCUCCUUCACAAUUGUUUUCCGCAUCCCGGAAGGUUCUUGGAAGGCAGACAGUCUUCGAAGCUAUUUGAUCGCCGGAGAGACAGAGCAGUCUUACCGAAAGAGACAAGCUUGCGAAAAGUCUCGCAAAAACGUCCGACCAGAAACGAUCCUGAUUUUGUCGGAGGCCGAUGAAGAGAUCGGAUUAGCAUAUCUUGUCGGUUUCGAGUCCUUCCGGAUGUCUGAAAGGAGGACUUACCGACAGGGCGACAUGAACUUUGAAAGAAACUUGUAUAGGCAUCCGAAUCGACAGGGCCUAAGUCCAAUAGAGGGCUAUUCCAUGCAACAUGAUAUCUAUAGUCUGGGGGUUUGCCUUUUGGAGAUCGGCCUCUGGAAGACAUUUAUCGAAUACGAUGAAAAAGGCAAUCCCCAACCUUCAGACAUUCUUCAACUGAAGGAAGCUGCUCUUGGUGUUUCUCAAGCGCUGCCACGUUUCCUAGGUACCACAUACUCAAGCAUCGUUAUAACUUGCUUGACAUGCCUAGAUGAAGAUAAUGACGAUUUUGGCGACGACUCAGAGUUCCAGGAUGAAGAUGGCAUCACGGUAGGAGUUCGAUACACGGAAAAGAUCAUCAUGAGACUAAACGACAUCUUCGUAUGAUAGACAAUAUAUAGCAGUUCCAUUUGAAUAGCUGUGAGCAAAGAGCAAGACUAAAGUGUAGAAGGUCGAAGGAGGUGAAUUGUUCACGGGUUGCCCAUACAAGUAGUCUAUUGGAUGGCAAGAAAGGUAUAACGAUGUAGAAUCUAAGGAAAUUGACUGUGAAGAUGCCUCGUGAAUGACUCUGGGAUUGUGA